AUAAAGAGUGUUUUGCUUCUUGUAAACGUCAUGCCCUUUUUCUUUUCCUCAUUCUCUGUCCCCUUCUUCUCUCCCACCUGCUGCUGCUGCUGAGGCUCACCACACUUCUCUACUUGCAGCUCCCAUUUCUGUUUCCUCGCUUUCUUUCUCACUCUCUUCAUUGUUUCUCCCCCUCCUUUUGCUUCUUUGCAUUCAGGAGCAGUGUCAAUUGGGUCGGGUUGCUGUGAGUAUGGAGCGUAAGCAGGGUUUCUUCUCGGCUCUGAAGGAGGAAGUGGUUCGUGGGCUGUCGCCGGCUCGGUCGAGAAGGGGUCGGAGUCAGUCUCCGUCUGGGUCGGGACUGCUCCGCCGGAGGAGAGGUAGUAGUGUGGGCCCACCAGAAAUGUUCAUAUCGAGAUCGGGGAGUUUGAGGCCGGGGGUUGAGACCCUAUCGCCUUUGAGGGAGGGUCCGGAUCCAAACGGGUCGGAUUCCGGGGACCCCAGAGGCGAUAGGUGGGCCCACUGGCUUUGUCGGGCUCCUGCUGUUUCGAUUGCCGGGCCGGGUUACUCGAGGUCCGAUCUGAGGCUGCUUCUGGGUGUACUGGGUGCGCCGCUAGCCCCAGUGCACGUUAGCAACAGCGACCCUUUGCCUCACCUCAGUAUUAAGGACACCCCCAUUGAGACGUCCUCUGCCCAGUACAUAUUGCAGCAAUAUCUUGCGGCGUCUGGAGGGCAUAAGCUUCAAAACUCAAUUCAGAAUGCCUAUGCAAUGGGAAAGGUGAAAAUGUUGGCCUCUGAUAUCGAGACGGCAACAAAGGUCAUAAAGAACAAAAAUUCCUCAAAAGCAGCUGAAUCUGGCGGGUUUGUGCUCUGGCAAAUGAAUCCCGACAUGUGGUAUGUGGAGCUUGCACUUGGAGGUAGCAAGGUUCAUGCUGGCUGCAACGGGAAGCUCGUGUGGCGCCAUACCCCAUGGCUUGGUGCACAUGCUGCCAAAGGGCCCGUUAGACCUCUUCGUCGUGCCCUCCAGGGUCUGGAUCCAAGAACAACAGCAAACAUGUUUGUGAAUGCUAGGUGCACUGGGGAGAAAAAGAUCAAUGGAGAAGAUUGCUUCAUUCUCAAACUUUGUGCUGAUCCACAUACACUGAAGUCUAGGAGCGAAGGACCUGCAGAGAUCAUAAGGCAUGUUUUGUUUGGCUACUUCAGCCAGAAAACUGGGCUUCUUGUGCAUUUGGAGGACUCCCACUUGACCCGAAUCCAAUCCAAUGGGGGCGAUGCUGUGUAUUGGGAGACGACAAUCAAUUCAUUUCUCGAUGAUUACAGGCCCAUUGAGGGUAUCAUGAUUGCCCAUUCUGGCCGAUCUGUGGUUACCCUUUUCAGGUUUGGUGAAACGGCAAUGAGCCACACGAAGACUAGAAUGGAAGAAGCUUGGACAAUCGAGGAAGUAGCAUUCAAUGUUCCAGGUCUAUCCAUAGACUGUUUCAUUCCUCCUGCUGAGCUGAGAUUCGGCUCCGUUAGUGAAACUUGUGAGCUUCCUCAGGAUGACAGGGUAAAGAAUGCAGUGGCAGCAGCUGCAGCUGCUGCUUACAGAGCCAAGGUUGCUGCACUGGGACGAUCACAUGAUGGCAAUGUCAACAAUGUAGUAGUAAGGAAUUUAUAAGGACUGCAGUAGGUGUUUCCCUGUUCAGAAAAUUUUAGACUAGUCUUCAUGGGACAAACAAAUCGAAAGUAGUAAGUCGGAUUCUCAGCCAAAUUGAGGAGUUUUUAGUUGAUUCUAGUCUCUCUGAUUCUGUAUAUAGUCAUAAAUGAGUGUUUAGCACUCUCAGUUCAGAGUUCUGUAAUGGACUCAGUUUUUCCAGCGGAAUGUGCUGAUGUAAGUUCAAUUCAAUCUCCCCUUGCCAUGUAAUAUCGAGAAUUUAUGUUCCUCUGAUAAUCAUGUAAAAUUCCAAUUAUGGACAAUUUUCUUGUUUAA